UGGAUGAAGUCAGCUGCCCAAAUGAAAAGCAUGGUUAACAGAAGGAAGAUCUUCCUAUGCAUCCUACUUUGUCUAUCUGUGACUUACUUCUUUUAUGUAAAGUCUCUGAUCUGCUUUCCUAAGGUGCGCAUCAUGACGUCUUGGGGAGCUCCUAUCAUAUGGGAAGGAGACUACGACUUUGAGGAGGAAAAUCGAUUACAUCAGAAAAAAAGGACUGUGGUUGGACUUUCUGUCUUUGCUGUAAAACAAUAUCUGGAAAGUUAUCUCACUGACUUCCUUGUCUCUGCCAAUCUUUACUUUAUGCCAGACCUUUCCUGUGUGUUUUACAUCCUCACCGAUUGUCCAGAUCAUGUGCCCGAUAUUAAACUGCGUCCCGGAGUGUCCAAGGUCAUCUUCCAGAUUCCGAAAAGAAGUCGCUGGCAAGAUAUCUCUAUGCUACGCAUGAAGGACUUGCUUGAUCUUGUCUUGCCUCAGGCCAUAGAUGAAGUUGACUACCUCUUCUGUAUGGAUGUUGAUCAGAUAUUCACUUCCAAUUAUGGCCCUGAGGUACUUGGUGAGCUGGUGGCACAGAUACACUCUGGCUAUUAUCUGGCCAACAGAGAAGACUUCACCUAUGAAACCGACCCUCGAUCUGCAGCGUACAUACCUCCAGGACAGGGCCAAUUUUACUACCAUGCUUCCGUGUUUGGCGGCACGCCAUUGAGUCUCUUUAACCUUACCUCCAGCUGUCUGAAUGGCAUCCUAAGGGAUAAGAAGCAGAAAGUGGAAGCAAUAUGGCAUGACGAAAGUCAUCUCAACAGAUAUUUUGCCUUGGAAAGGCUACCAGAGAAGAUACUGUCACCAGAGUAUUGUUGGGACAACAGAUUGUGGUUGAAGUAUCAUAAACUGGUCUGGGCAAAGAAAAAAUAUUCACAAUUAAGAGUAUAA